CUCGAUUUAUGUACGAAACUGACCUAUCUUCGUACUUUUUCGUCUCCCCAUUGUUAAACCUGUAACCUCGUCGUCGCAUCUGUCCAUGUUGUAUUCGCAAACGAUAUAUCUAUAUACUCAACCGUCCAACCUGUGACAAAACUCGACCACCAUGCACUGAUGUUGGAACUUGCAUCCAUGAACUUACUGAAAAUUGGUGCCGUGCCGUACAAAUACUCGUUGCCUCAAAAACCUCGGUGCGGAACCCAUUCAUGUCGAAUUCGAAAACGCACAGGUGGUCGAAAAAAUACCGCCAAGCGAUGGUGCGGGACGCCAACGCCAUGUGGGACGCAAAAGACGGCGAAGCCACAGGGACAGAAACCCUUGGAACUGAACAGGAGCCAGACUCCGCCGACCUGUUCGGGCCCCUGAAAUCAAGCGAGAGCGGUGGGAAGGGAGGCGGAAUUCUAGAUCUCGACGAUUUACCUCCCGCAGAGCCGUAUGAUUCCGCAACGACACCACCAGCAUCGGGCGGCACAGCUAGUUUGUUUCAGCCCGGUGCGGCGUCAAUGUCGAACAAAGACAGGACGGCCCGGAGGUCGUCGAUGAGCACGGGAACGUUUGGGGCUGGCCGCCACUUCAUCGCAUCCGAGCUCGACGCAGCGUUGGCUGAUAUGGAUGAGGCUGAAGGUGACGGCGGUGGGGCAGAUGCACAAGCACGUCGGAGCAGCAACGACAUGGAUUCGACAGCGACGCCUGGCACCAAUGUCUCGUCGACGGGAGUGUCGCGGCGACAUUCUCACGAGUCGCAAACGAGCUGUGAGGGGACCGCGUCGUUGAGCAGUAAUGAGAGCAAUGCGAGCAAUCUGCAUACCAGUUGGGCCACUCCGGGGCUAAAGCCGUCGUUGAAGGCGCGGAGAGGUACUAUGGCGAACGUGCCGGCGAUGGCGCACAAGGCGCCGUUUAUUGGCAAGCCCCCAUCGCUUGGUGAUGCUGGCAGCGGUCCGACAGCAGCUGGGCCGUGGGCGCUUCCAAAGGCGCCAUUCCCGAAUCCGGACGCAAGCACCACCAGAAACUCCGCGAAAGGGCCGUCUUCAUCGCCAAAGCCUUCGCGCAAAGUUCGUUUCUCCGAAAUCGUGACGACCAUCGCGGCAGAAACCGACCAAGAGAGUGGCGACAGCGACGAGAGCCGCGACUCCGGGUCCGCAGAUCCCAACCAACAAGCACAGUCCCGUUCAUUACUUCAGGCCAAACCGUCCAAUCCGUCCCUCGCCUCCUCAGCAGACACGUUGAACUCCACGGGGAAGCCGGCAGGCAAAAUGCGAGCGCCAAAGGGUGCGAAAGCGGCUGCAGCCAUCACAGCAGCCGCCGCACUGGCAGUUGUAGCAGAGCCCGUAGUAGGCGGGAAGGGGUUACUCAUCCGGCCUAGGAACUCAGAUCGAGACUCUGAUGUGGAAUCGUAUCAGUCGGAUGAGUCGGAUCGCGAGCAGGCUGUUAAGGGAAGACGAAAGUCGCAGGCGGUGCGGAGAUUGACGAAGGUGUUUCGGAAGGCCUUCCCUGUCCGUACGGGUGCCGUUGCUGCUGCCGGCGCGCCAACACCGACGCCGGUUGUACCUGGGGAAGAAAACAAGCUGAACGUUGCCGCCGUGCAUGCGACGUGAUAUCUGCUGCAGUCUUAACUACCAACGGGAGGGCGAUUCUGCCAAGUUGCAUUCACCGCCUUUUGUCUGCUCUGCCUCCAUGGCCGGCACCUGGAACGCCCCAUCUCAUCCGAAAUGGUGUAGAUCACCUUCCUUCUUUACUCCUUCAUCUGUGCACUUUAUCUUUCUUUGACUUCUUUUUGCUUGAUUGGGGAGUAGACCUCCCCAUCUUUGAUAAUAUGAUUUUUUUGGACCAUCAUGUCGGACUUCCAAGUGUUGUAACCGCCAAACGGGGCAAUGGCGGAGGCUGCGAUAUGGCGUCGAGAGAGGUACAUUGUGCAGCAAGACCUUACAGCGCUUGCCAAUGUGUUAAAAGGGAGCAAUAUUUGGGACGGAGGAAACAUGAAUAGAAGCAUUCAGAAGAGA